CAUCCCACUUUACGCACCUCGUCGCUCCUCGCCAGCCAAGUCAUGACCAUCAUCAAGUCCAGCGGCCCUAGUGUCGGCACCUAUCCAGAUGACAAGGACCUCUACACCUUCAUCUUUGAGCACUGGCCCUCCUACCGCUUCGAUCCACGUACCAAGUCCCUCCCACUCCUGAUAGACGAGCCCACAGGACAAAGCUGGACAUUUGAACAAUGUCGCGAUCGAGUAGACCACUUAGCCGCCGGGUUGCGCGACCAGCUUGGAGUGCGCCGCGAUACAGUCGUAUGCAUCUUCUCUCCCAACUCCGUCGACUACCUCAUCGCCAUCCUCGCAUUGCACAAGCUGGGUGCAGUGGCCAGCUGUGCUAAUCCGGCAUACAAUGCCAGCGAGUUGUCUUACCAGAUCGAUGCGAGCAAGAGCACGGCCAUCUUCCUUGGUGAGGAGGCACUGAAGGUUGGUGGGGAGGCGGCAGAGAAGGCCAAGAUGAGGAAAGACCAUGUAGUUAUCAUGCAGACGCCGAGGACCACCCAAGGGAAGGGAGCGUUGAAGGGUGGAGCGAAGAGGGAGGGAGAGGCGUGGUACCUCGAAGGACUGGUGGCGGAGGGGAGGGAUAGUAAAGAGCUGCACAAGGGGAGGGUCACACUCAAGCCGGGCGAGGCGAGGAAGAAGUUGGCAUUCUUGUCAUUCAGUAGUGGGACUACGGGGUUGCCGAAAGGCGUCAUGAUCCAGCACUACGCUCCCCUCUCCAACAUCCAACAAUUCGCCUCCUUCAACGGCAUGAUCUCGGGCAAGGGCACCCGCUUCCUCCCCGGUCGCGACGUCUCACUGGGCGGUCUCCCCUUCUACCACAUCUACGGCCUCGUAGUCGGGCUCCUCUGGACCUUCUACUCCGGCAUAACAAAUGUGGUCCUCCCGCGCUUCUCGGGCAUCGAGCCAAUGAUCAAGACGACGCUCAAGUACGGAAUCACGCUCUGGUGGCUCGUCCCGCCGCAGGUCGUGCUGCUAGUCAAGGACCCAAAGGCCAAGCCGUACCUCCCACAGCUGGCGAAGCAGGUUCGCUUCCUCAUGAUCGGAGCAGCGCCGCUCAGCGACGAUGUCUCCAAACAGCUUGACAAGGCUCUUCCCGGCGUGGACUGGGGGCAGGGCUAUGGGAUGACCGAGUCCUGUACCGUCCUCUCUAUGCAUCCACCCGGCAUCAAGCCAGUGUACGGCUCCGCUGGCCGACUGGUCAGCGACGUGGAGGCGCAGGUAGUCUCGCCAGAGGGCAAGGUCCAGCCCGUUGGUGAGCUCGGCGAGCUCUGGGCUCGUGGGCCCUCUGUCACCCUUGGCUACCUGAACAACCAGAAAGCCACCGACGAGAUGUGGGUCAAGGAGGGCGGGUGGCUGCGUACUGGGGACGAGGUGAAGUUCAACGAGAAAGGGGACAUGUUCAUCCUCGAUCGCCUCAAGGAGCUCAUCAAGGUGAAGGGGUUCCAAGUCGCUCCCGCUGAGCUAGAAGGGUGGCUCCUCAAUCACGAGGACGUAGCUGAUGCGGGCGUCAUUGGGCUGCCAGACGACAUGAGUGGGGAGAUCCCCGUGGCUUUCGUGGCAUUGAGCCAGACGGCGAAGGAGAGAGUGGCCAAGGAUGGUAGUGGAGAGGAGGGCAAGAUCAAGGAGGGACUGAUGCGAUUCGUUGCCGAUAACAAGAUUCGGUACAAGCAUCUGGGGGCCGUUCACAUCAUCGACGCCAUUCCGAAGAACCCAAGCGGCAAGCUGCUGCGUCGCGAGCUCCGUGAGCAGGCAAAGAAGCUGCCAGCCCCGCCGAAGAGCAGCAGGUUGUAGCCCCUUGUAGUCCUGUAGCCUUGUGCUUCUUCUCGGAACAUCGUACUCUUAUCGGCUCCUCUAUCAUUAAUUCACAAUUCACAUGCACGCACGACAGCGAAG